UUGGAUGCCGGUACUGUCAUCUCAACUGCGCGGCCAUUGCUUAAAUAAAAGUUCACGUUACUUGAAUUUUGCUUUUUUUUUGUUUCACGUUUUGUUUUUUUUCUAAGAAUUUGUUAAAACAUGUCUUUUGAGCUGUUUAAUAAUGUUAUGCUCGCGCUUCGUGCUUUAGUUACCCAUGUGCCAUCCUCCAUUAUUAAUGUGCUUAGGAAAUAUAAGAAGACACAGGGAUUUCUGCUGCCCCAUCGCCGGCUGGGCUUUGCAACUCCAGAGGAGUUUAUCCGUGCCACCGGUGAGUAUAACAUGUCCAAGCGCGGCAAUGAGGUUUUCAUUAGCGCAAAAUUCGACGAAGAUGCCACCAAGCAAACCAGAGAGAAACGGAUCCGUGAGCUCAUGCUACGUCAGUCUCUGAUCAAAUUUGCUAAUCGCGGAACUGGACGCCGUCGUGGAUAAACGGCGGCUAUGAGAGAUACACUAUCCUGAAGCUCCACACUCAAAAGGGGAAUUCCCUCCCUGAGCUUUGGGAUUCACUGAGAUGCCACAAGAAAAAGACUUGAAGAAACCUGAUGCCUUUGUACAAAAUCCUCUCAAGUACACUUAACCAAAGAGGCCACCUAAGUGAUUAUUAAUUAAAAAAAAAAAGCACUGAAACGUUGAUAUAAUCAAGCGGGAGAUUAAAUAAGUAAAAUAUGUA